AGAGCAAAAAAGAAAAAGCUAGCACAGAGCUGCUCACUUCUCAGUAUAGAGGCAGAGGCAGAGACGACAGAGGCAGCGCGAUUCUUUCUUUUUGGCCUCCUCUCCUCUUGUCUCGCUCUUCUUCUUCUCCCUCUUCUUCUUCUAUGAGACCUCGCUCUACUCUCUCUGGCGGCGCGGCCACACUGCUCUUCUUCCUCUGAUCGAGACCUCUCUCGGCGGCGCGCACACUGGUAGCGUGGUGAGCGGAGCGGUAUGGGUCCAAGGAGCACAAGAGGCCGUGUUCUCAUGUUCCUUUUGCUGGUCCUGAUGAUGGCCGUCGGAGCCAAUCGCGAUUCAACAGCGGCUGGAUUUGCAAGGACGGUGUCCAAGGCUGAAGUGUUGGCAUCACCUCCUCCAAUUUCACCAGCUGUCAAUGCUGUCAUCAUUAUAAGAAAUCGGGUGGUUCUGUCAAUUGGUAAAAUCAAUGUUUUGAAUGAUUAGAUGCACUUUUUUAUAUAAAAAAUAGAUGAUAAUGUGGCUUUAUAUAUAAUUUCUAUUAUUACAAUACAAUUCAUGUUUUUUUAUACGUCGUUGUGUAUUGUUAUGAUAUAUGAAAGUUUUUUCAUGUACAAUCUAGAUAUUGUCACAAUUAGAUAGUGUAGCAUUUCUCUGCUUCAUCUCAAGCAUGUUUCAAAAAUAAGUUUGAAUUAAUGACACCUAAUUAUUAUACGUUAUCUAAUUGUUUAUAACAAAACAAAACUCACAUCUUAUGUAAUAAUUGGAGUUGUAUUUAGAAAAAUAAAGAUUAGUAUUAUCUUUGAGGAUUUAGAUGUGUAGAAUGGAUAACAAUAUCACACGUGAUUAUGAACUAAAGGGAGGUGAAUGGAUGAGCAAUGAUUAAAUUAGAUAGAUGAAUAGCUAGCUUCUUGAUCCAACGGCUGAUAACUCUAUACAAAUGCGAUCCAAUGGCUUAAAAUUGUUGAUAAUGUGGCUUUUUGCAUAUCUUGAUUUUUAUGAGUAAAUGCUUCUUAGUGGGUAUCAACUAUAUAGGAAGAUAUGAUAUGCAUUCAUUUCUCUUCUGCUCUAUUUGAUUGUUUUCAAAUUAAGUCAUGUCUAGUCUCGUGUACUAGUUAUUGCUUUUAUGGCGAUUAAUAUGCAUGCUUACAAUAUUAUUAACCGGUCUCCCUUUUAUUUUUUUUCUCUGCAUCUAUUUAAUUUAUUUUAUUUUAUCUUAUUGUAGCUAAUAUUUUUAGCGUAGCAGUCUCAUUAUGGCCGUUUUUUGUUCGAUGGAGAUACGGUUCUUGGUUUAUUACACGCCAGAUUUUUUCAGCAAAAGUCGUGGCGUGUAAUCUUGUGGCAUCUGUCACUUGGACUAUCUAUAUGAUGGUUCAAAUGUAUGCCGGCGGUAAUUACGCUGGAGACGACGUUUUACUGAUCAAUUCAGUAAGCAGCACGAGUAGUAUGUUUAUUUUGCUGGUGUAUUUCUUGCAUGGGAGAGAGGAUAUUAAGUACUGGAUCCUCAUGAUCCUCUUUGCUUUGGUGGUAUGCUGCGGAAUGGGAUGGUUAGUUUGGCACCCUAACAUAAUCAUGUCCGAGAGAACACAAGACAUUUUAAAGAAGUCCACCAAAUCAGCUGGGAUUACUGGAAUAGUACUAUUCGGAUUGGUGAAUUUUCUCCCAUUUUUUGAUCUGUGGACCAUAACCAAGAGCAACAGUACAGACUUCAGUUUAACAACGCCAAUUGUUAUAAAUACGAUGUUGGCAGGUGUAUUGAGUGCAUUCUGGGCUUUGUAUGCCUGGAUAUUUGACCCAAAAUCACCCAAUUACUUUAUGAUAGCAAAUUCAUUGGCGGCUGGCAUGAGCUCAAUACAAUUUGUAUGGCUGUUGGUUCUGCGCAAUUCUCACAGAGAAGUAAACGGACAGAUUGUAGAAGUUGAGAGUCUGCGGUGUGUGUUACUUAGUGUCGCAAAGUCGUUGGAGAGGUUGGGAGCAGCAGCUCCUACCGAGGAGUUCUUGCAACAAACCAAGUAUCUGCUGAGGUUACAAGAAGGUCUGUCCAUUGGGCUGCAGUCGUUGGAUUUGAUGGAGAGUGCAUUCCUUCGGCUGGAACAGGAGCUAGUGAAGAACGUUGCUCGCACUGCUAAUCAUGUUUUAGAAAUGCAGGAUAAACAAGAUGCAGCGGCUAAUUUCGUGGCAAGGUCUGAUGACAACAAUGCAAAUGAUGUGCUAAGAGCCUGUAGAAUUUUACGUGAAGGAUGCACAACGAACAAGAAUGCUUUUGAUAGCAUGCAAGAGGCUAUACAACACAAGAUUGCAAAUGCCGAAGGAGGAGAAAACAACUUGAAAGACAGAAUCAAUGCCGCAGCAGCAGCCAUAAGAGGCUUGGCCAUUUCCAUGGGAUACAAUAUGCAAACCAUCAACGGUCGAGGGAUUCCACCCACGGUGAAGAUCGCCUUCAAUUUUUGCUGUGAGCAGAUUUUGUCAGUUAAAACUUGCGCCGACGCCCCGUUUGUGUGGUUGGGGUUUGGUGGAUUUUCUCUACGAAGGCGUCUGAACUUACGGUUUGAUAACGUGAACUGGCCUGAUGUACCCUUGUAGUACGAAUUGGGCUACGUACUGUACGUGAAACUUGCUCUAAUAGCUUCAGCGAGCAAGCACUGUGCAACUUCUGGAUUGCUAGCUAGGAUACUUCGUGUCCCUAAGUAGUCAUAUGCUUGUUAGCUCUGUUAGUUUCUUCUGCUGCUUUUGUGCCCGAUUGUUGUGGAGUGUGAUGCUUCUACUGGUGCCAGACAGCUCUAUAUAUCUUUCCAGCAAAUUAAUUUCUAAAACUAGC